AUGGACCCAGCGGGAGAGCGCCUCACCCUAAUGGAGUUUUUGCGCCGGGCCGAGGAGGGGGAGUAUGGGGACCCCCUUUUGGGAACAUGCCAGGCUCGCGCUUCCAGCAGCUCAGCUGCUACAAUCACAAAAUACUUUGACAAGGAUGGAAAGGAGGUCAAACCUGGAGACCUGAUUGAGAUCUUCCGUCCUGGUUAUCAGCACUGGGCUGUUUAUGUUGGUGGUGGAAACAUCGUUCACCUCAGAGUAGCCGAGUCGUGGGCUGGUACGGGCGUUGUGUUGAAAGAGAAACUGCAGGACGUAGUGGAAGAGGACAAGUGGAGAGUCAACAAUCUCCUGGAUAAUAAAUACAAACAUCGUCCAGCUGAUGAUAUCGUGAAGGAGGCCUGUUCACUGGUGGACGCAGAACUGAAGUACAACCUGUUGAAGUACAACUCUGAACACUUUGCCACUCAGCUGCGCUACGGCAAGCCUGGGAGUCGGCAGGAGGCGAAACCUGGAGACCUGAUUGAGAUCUUCCGUCGUUGUUAUCAGCACUGGGCUGUUUAUGUUGGUGGUGGAAACGUCGUUCACUUCGUAAAAGCCAGGUUGAGGGCUAAUACGGGCAAAGUGUUGAAUCAGAAGUUUGAGGACGUGUUGAAGCAAAACAAGUGGAAAGUCAACAAUCUCCUGGAUGAUAAAGACCCACCUCGUCCAGCUAAUGAUAUCGUGAAGAAUGCCCGUUCACUGGUGGAUGCAGAACUGAACUACAACCUGAAGAAGUACAACUGUGAACACUUCGCCACUGAGAUGCGCUACGGCAAGCGUGAGAGUCAGCAGGUGAAGAAAAAAGCAGCCUUGGUGAAUGCAGCUUCUGGGGUUUUGGCAGCUUAUGGCUCUAUGAAAAACUAA